CACAACAUUGCCGGCACACGAAAAUCCAACCUCCCAAAAAAGUGUCCCAGCUACAGAAAAAUGCAACAAUUGUAACCUCCACAUAUACAUCAGACAGUCCAACUUAUUGCGAAUUUGUUUUCAAAUGGUGAUCGGUGUUUAAUUCUAAUUGACAAUGAAAUCGAUAUCCAUUGCAUUUAUAGUGACUCUUUACAUAGUUUGCACGCACAUCAACUGCAAUAGAAAUUCAAAUUACGUUGAUAACGUCAAGUUGAUUUUCAACAGAUCUUCGCAUGUGAGAUCGGGAACUGAUCGUGUGGUGAUACCAUUAGCGUUGGAAGAAGAUGCUGCUGAUGGAGUUGAAGAUCUGGAGAUUGAUUUUGUGGAGGCCAUCACAGACGAGGAUGCUUCCGCGAAGAAUUGUCUCAGAAAUAUUACAGAAUGCAUCGAGAAAGAUACUCAGUAUAGGUCAACGACGGAUUAUUUGAAGAAGUAUUUAACCACAUCGUUGCCACCACCCUUUGAUCUGAGCAAGAUCAAAGGAGUAAGCAACAGAUGCAAAGCACACAGUAGAAAAUUCAUGGAAGCUCUUGCCAAAUUCGAGUUUUGGGCAGUUAAAAUGCAUGAUGCCAAUGCCAAAAUUCCUUCCGGACUACUAAGUGGAAAUAUAAAUCAACUGGGUGACUACGAUCUCUGCCAAGGUGCGAUUUCGAAAGAAGAGGAUAUAUAUGGACAGUAUUGCCUGGCAUCCUUUCAGGUUGAAUCUCCAGAUAGUCCUUACAUUUCAGCUCUGCACAGACUUCUACAUGCUCAUUUUCAUUUCAAAAGUCGAUUGGAAGAUCCUGGUCAUAGGGUUCCCAGGUUUUCAAGUAUAAAUUGGGCAAUUUGUGUGCCGGAUGGUUGUUCCUCCUCAGAUGUCCAACUUGCCCUUGAAGAAUUCACGAGCACCAUCUCACAAAACACUGAACUCGACAUAAAAGCCGAAGUUCAAUCAUCAAUGUGCCAAACAUCCAGACCAAAGAAACUACCAAUUUCUUCCAUAUUGGGAAUGUUAUUUUUCGCCGCUUUUGCAAUUUUCGUAGGAUGUGCCACAUUGUACGAUUAUAUCACCGUCGAAAAUGCAAAUGAGUAUAUUACUUCAUUCUCCUUGAAGAAGAACUGGAAUUCGCUUGUUACUGUUAAAAAACACGAUAAUAUCAAAGCGGUACACGGAAUUAGGUUCCUCAAUUCCAUUUUACUGGUCUUAUCUCACAAGUCGAUGGCCAUAUUUUUCGUACCUUAUCAUAACAGGACAAACAUGGUGGAGUUUAUAGCAAGGCCAUGGACAGUUUUAGCCAGAGCUGCCAGCCUUUACACGGAUCCCUUCAUCAUGAUCGCAGGAACUCUAACAGCCUACUCUCUUUUCGGAAAAUUGGAGAAAAAUAAUAAGAUAAAUAUCAGAGAAGAAUAUACGAAUAGGAUGUUCCGUAUCUUGCCAGCGUUCGCCGCCUUAAUAGCCUUCUGCACCUUCGUCCUUCCGUGGGUAGAUUCUGGGCCUAUGUGGAAUCAGGUGAUAACCCAUCAUUCCGAAAUUUGCAAGCAAAACUGGUGGAGAAACAUGCUCUUUAUUCAUAAUUAUUUUGGAUUUGGAGAAAUGUGCCUUACACAUACUCACCACUUGGGAAUUGACACACAACUAUUUUUUUUCUCGCCGUUUCUGAUUCUUAUACUCUGGAAGUAUCAGAAAAAAGGCCUUGGUAUACUGAUUGGACUUGCCGUUGCCUCAACCAUAUGGCGAUAUCAUGUGACUUACAGUUUACGGCUAAGCAAUUAUAUCCACUUCGGCACAUCGAUAAAACAGCUAUUCGAUACAGCAGAUAAUAUGUACAUUUUGCCCGUACAUAGAGCCACUGUCUAUAUAAUGGGUAUCCUCUUAGGUUACUAUCUGAGAACAUUGAAAAAUUUCACUCUUUCGAAGAUGCAAAUAAGGAUUGGAAAUUCGAUCGCAUUACUGAGUUUCCUAAUUUCAUUCUUGGGACCUGCUUAUAUGGGAAGCAUACACUAUAUUUAUAAUCCAGUGGAUGCUGCUUGGUAUGCUGCAUUUGCACCAAUAUUUUGGUGUAUUGCUUUUGGUUGGAUAAUAUUUUCCGUGCAUGUUGGCCAUGAAGAUUUUCUGGGAAGAUUCUUUUCCUGGCCAGGAUUUUCUCUUUGGACAAAGAUUUCGUAUACUGUAUAUCUGACCCAAUUCCCAAUAUUCUUCUACAAUGUGGGUACGACAAGAUAUGCAGAUUCCUAUUCGUUCUGGAGAACAAAUAUCAACCUCCAUGAGACAAUUGUCAUAGUUGCAGCGUCUAUCGUUUUAACCCUCUUGGUCGAAAUGCCCUUUCAGAAUAUCCGCAAUGUUAUGAUGAAAAACGAAAGAACCAAAGAUGCUACGCAGAAUAGGGAAAUCUAUACGAAAAAGAAGAUAACAUAGCAUAAGAGCUCAUAUUUUUUUGAUUUUCGUGUGAAUUCUAAGGAUCACUCAAAUGCCAUAAUUCUUAGAAAAACGUAUUUAUUUUAGUGAAAGGAGACAGAAUACAUCACAUAAAUAGAAAAAAUACGCUCUGGAGUGAUUUUCGUGGUGUUUAUAUUGUGGUAUAUGUUUAAUAGAGUGCUUGUUUAAGAGCGAGGCAGCAGUGAAAGAGAAACUCUUCUAUUGUGAAGAAUACAUUUCGAAUAAAAUAUUAUUACCUA